AUGGCCAAAAUAAUCGUUGCUAGAAUACUCAAAUUAAUGGGGAAUUAGUAAUUUUUAGACUUUGAUAAAAAAUGGCAUUCAAAUGGUUAAAAUACUUGCUCAAGUCCUAAAUAGAGUGAAUGCUAAUUUAUGAAGUUCCCUAAGUUUACUAUAAUUACCAAUAAUCUUAAAUAAAUUACAUUUAGUAAUGAUGAGGAUCUGCAAGUAGAGAAUACAUUUAAAUUUUCUUAACCAAAUGAAGAUGAUAAUUAAAGUUAACUGAGAAGAUAUAACAAUUUAUAAGGUAAACAUAUACUAUAAAGCAUUUAUGAUUUAAAAACUCAUAUUAAAAUAGGUAUGUCAUUUAUAAUAACAAAAUAGCACUUGAUCUACAAAAUCUACUACUAAUAAGAAAUAUUUUAUUAAUAUUUUUCCUUGACACCGUCAGGUUAAGAAUGUUUUCUUCCGUAUCUUUUUAAUGAAGCAGAAAAAUGCUUCAUUUGGAUGAUCCUUUCAACUUUUUAAAUUUGUUACCCACCAUCUUUUAUCGUUAAAAAAUAAUCUCGUCCUUUCCAUCUCCAAAAUAAUGCUGAAUUCUUUAAUGUUAAGGAGGAAG